CUGUUUGGAUGGAGAGGACAGCACAUCAGACAUUGAACUCAUUCAGGUGUGGUCUCGCAGCUUUCAAAGGUUUCACUCUGAAGAAUGGAAGAUUUCUACAUUAACAACACCUCACAGAACCAAAGCUCUGAUUACAGCAACAUCACCUUUGACUACAAUGUUGACAACAGCACCUCCUACUACGAUGAAAAAGCUAAAUCCAUCAUGUUUGUGGUGACAUGCUUAAUCAUUAGUAUCGGACUUCCUUUGACCCUUGUGGCCAUCUAUGCUCUUUAUUCUAUGGUGAGAAGGGAUCACGUUGCUCCGAUCUACGUCAUCAACCUUCUAAUUUCUGACCUCCUUCAGCUCUGCUACAUGAUCUUUGAGGUGGCAAACAUUAAGGAUGGGAAUGUACGUAAAAUCUUCUCUUUUAUUUACUACUCCGGUCUGAUUGCCAGUGUUGGGUUCAUGGUCUGCGUCGCCCUGGAAAGGUAUUUGGUCAUCGUCCACCCGCUGUGGUACCGCUUCAGACGAACCAUCAAGACCUCUGUGGUGGUCUGUGUCCUGGUUUGGGCCCUUCCUCUUGUCUUUUUCAUUAGUAUAUUUCUUGAGACUUAUGUGGAAUCCAACCAAGUCUUCAUCAUCAUCAUCCUCCUUCCCUUCCCACUGUUAAUAUUCUUCCUGGUUGGGACCUUCAGAGCCCUGUCUGCUUCCAUCUCGGUCCCCUCUGAUGAAAAACGACGAAUAGUUGGAGUUUUGUUGCUGGUACUGCUUAUUUACACACUGCUGUACCUGCCCACCAUCAUUAUGAUCCUGGUAGACCACUCGAACGAUACCCUCUUCUACCUGUCUUUCAUGUUAAUUAAGUUGAGUCCUCUUGCAGACUUAGUCCUGUAUGUCUUCAUGAGGAGGGGGACCAUAGACAAGCUUUUGGCCUCUGUGUGUUGUUGCAGAAUGGACAGCAAUGAAAUCAGCAGUUCAUCAGUAUGAAUGAUGACAAAAUUUCCACAGUCAGCUUCAUGUAGGCAGAGAAAGAGGGAGAGAGAGAAAGGGGAGGAAACAGGAGGAGAAAUGGAGGAGACGAGACAGAAAUGGGACUUGCUAAUCUUUUUAAUUUAGUUGUUUACUUUUUGUUCAUUGUUAAUAAUGUAUGUCUACUCAAAAUAUUGUUUUUUUUUUGUACAAAAAGGAAACUACUUAUUUUGUUUAUCUUUACUUAAAACUGAAAAACCUCCACUCUUCCAAUCCAAUAAAAAUCAAAACUGUGAAUGUUUGUCUUUGACCAACUUAGUGAAUUAAAACCUGCAAAUGUUCAACAGAAUCUCUGCUGGUUGACAAAUCUCUAUUGUCUAUAUGAACAUAAAGCCCAAACUGCUGCUACCAGGGAGGCAUCCUGCAUGUAUGUAAACUGCUUGUACACUGUAUGUUUCCCCUUUUUAAACGUGAGCUCAUUAUUACCUGAGAUCCAACAAUAACAAGCAGAUUUCUCAAACUGUCAGACUGUGUCUUUAAAUAACUUGUCUCUCUGCAGGGGACACUUUGCUAACCAACAAAAUGCAUUUUUGGAAGGUCAACUGCUAAAAGCUUAAAAGAAUGACUUGAUAAGCUGUACAGUUUAUACAAUUAUUAUGAUAAAGUAUAUCAAUUAGAAUUUAAUUAAUCAUACAUGUUAAAAAUUUAUUAUAAUAUAUUAAAUUCAAUAUUAAUUAUUUCAACUCCAUUCAGAGCUCACAGAUAUUAGAUAGAUAGAUCAGUAAUUUCCUUCUCCUCAGACAGAAAUACUGAUCCCUUCCAAACUAACAUCUUAUAUUUUAUGCUGGAUGUCUGACUGUGAUAGGAUUUCAUUAACUCUGCUCACUUUUCUGAAAAGGUUUUGGCUAAACUGAUGGAUAAAAAACAUUCACAUUGACAUACAGUCCUACCUGGAAGUCUGCUCAUGUGAAGACAGAACUGAAAAGCCACAAGCUAAAUGGCCUGUUGUAAUGUGAGCUGCAGUAAAGGUUUCAAUCCAGCUUGAAUGGCAGGCAGCUUUCAUAUUUUCAUGUGUGUAGAUUAACAGGUUAAAGGAAUGUCUUUUCUUGUAAACCAGCUUCAAUAAACUCACACUGUGUAAAAUAUUGUCCAGUAGGCCAGAGGAGUACCUGUACCAGCUCAACAUCAGUAGUCUAUCUCUUGUAAUUUACAGUCAUUCAUAUUCAUUCAGGAGAUGCUUUUGUCUUAAGUGACGUUGAAAUAAAAACGUUGGGUUGAGUUUAACCCUA